UGUGAAUUGCUAUCCUGUUGGCAGUGAACUACUGCUCUUACCUGCGCCGUGUUUGAGAGGUCCAGAGAGGCUGCGCACGCACAAAUGUUACUUUGCUGACUUUUGGUGGAGUUAAAUCAUCCGCACUCGCUGCUGACUCGUCGAUGAAGACCCUCUUAGAUUGUGGACAGGUGACAUCUACAAACUGCCCAAUGGAGAAAUAUGAAAAGUUGGCCAAAAUUGGCGAGGGUUCCUAUGGCGUGGUGUUCAAGUGCAGAAACAGAGACACUGGCCAGAUAGUAGCCAUCAAGAAGUUUGUGGAAUCUGAAGAUGACCCUGUCAUUAAGAAGAUUGCAUUGCGAGAAAUACGUAUGCUGAAGCAGCUGAAACACGUGAAUCUGGUCAAUCUUCUAGAGGUCUUCAGGAGGAAACGACGGCUCCACUUGGUGUUUGAGUUCUGCGAGCAGACAGUCCUCAAUGAGCUGGACAAACACCCCCGAGGGGUACCCGAGGCUCAGCUGAAAAGUAUAGUGUGGCAGACGCUGCAGGCUGUCAACUUUUGCCACAAGCACAACUGCAUACACCGUGAUGUGAAGCCAGAAAACAUCCUCCUCACCAAAACCGGAGUCAUCAAGCUCUGCGACUUUGGUUUUGCCCGCAUUCUGACUGGACCAGAGGAUGACUACACAGACUACGUAGCGACCCGCUGGUACCGCGCUCCUGAGCUGCUGGUCGGGGAUACUCAAUAUGGGCCUCCUGUGGACGUGUGGGCUCUGGGAUGCGUCUUCGCUGAGCUGCUUCAUGGGAAUCCGCUCUGGCCUGGGAAGUCUGACGUUGACCAGCUCUACCUCAUCCGAAAAACUCUCGGUGACCUGAUCCCUCGUCACCAGCAGAUCUUCCGCUCCAACGUUUUCUUCAGUGGAGUCAGUAUUCCCGAACCUGACACAACGGAGCCUUUGGAAAAGCGCUUCCAUGGCGUGUCUCUGCAUGCCCUCCAGGUUAUGAAGUCAUGCCUGGUGAUGGACCCCUCUCUCCGGCUGUCCUGUGAGGAGCUGCUGGAGUUGCCUUACUUCCAGGAAGAAGGAGGAGCCAACUGGGGCCGCGAGGGUGAGCGCCCCGGAAGACGACAUGACAAAGGCUCCCGACGCCGACAGCCAGGGGCUCAGUACCUGCCUCAGCUACCAAACAGCAACAUCUCACCAGCACCGGAUGUUAAGAAACAGGUCAAGCAUAAAUAUCACCUGCCCAACAUUUAACAAAGCAACAAGUUUGUGGCUGAGCAGAGAGAGAUGGACAAGUGCGAUAUUUUGUGCAAUCAUUUGAAUACAGUCCAGUUUGAGGACACAUAUUUUUUUGUGUGACAGUGAAGAAGUGUAUUUUAAUUGUAUGAUCACUCUCACUUGUCAUUUUUGUUGAUUUUAUCCCUUCAUAUUCUUUACACGAUAGGGCAUUUACAGUUGCAGGUUAGGCAACACACUGACAGUACUAUUAUGAAAGAACAGAGCACGCAUCAGGUCUGAAGAUAUGGGUACUUCACUUUCACAUUACACAUGAAAUUAUUAAAUAGGUCUUUAAAGUCACCAGU